AGCGGAGGGGGCUAAGCCGCUGGGGCCACCCGUGGCGGGGCGGAGCGGCGGGGUCUGAGCUGCCGGGGCCCGGCACCUGCCCCCGGCUGCCAGCACAAUGCACCCAGCAGAUGAGGAGCCGCUGAUAGAGGAGCCCUCAGUGAACAGCUACAGCCAGCAGAAGCCCAGUGACCACUUGCAUGGGGCCUACAUUAUUUUUUUCCUCCUGGGCAUUGGGUCCCUGCUGCCCUGGAAUUUUUUCAUCACAGCAAAGCACUACUGGAUGUACAAGCUACAAAACUGCUCGGAUCAGGCUGGCCCAGCGGGACAGGCAGCAUCGGAUCUGCGGGACUUUUUUGAGAGCUACAUCUCCAUCGCUUCAACUGUGCCCUCUGUGCUGUGCCUGGUUGGAAACUUCUUGCUUGUCAACAAGGUGCCUGCCAGCGUUCGGAUCCUGUCCUCCCUCUUUGUCAUGCUGACUGUCUUCCUGGUGAUCACGGUGCUGGUGAAGGUCGACACCUCCGCUUGGACCGCCCAGUUCUUUGCCCUCACCAUUGUCUGUGUGGUGGUAGUCAGCAGCGCCUCAACGAUCUUCACCAGCAGCAUCUUUGGGCUGAGCAGCUGCUUCCCCAUGAAGAACUUGCAGGCUCUGAUCUCGGGUCAGGCCAUGGGUGGCACAAUCAGCGCCAUGGCCUCUGUGAUAGACCUGGCAGCCUCAGCCGAUGUCACCGACAGCGCCUUGGCCUACUUCCUCACCGCUGACAUCUUUAUUGUCAUCUGCAUCAUGGUGUACCUCCUCCUUCCCAGGCUGGACUACUCCAGGUACUACCUGAGCAGGCAGGAGAGUCCACCUCUGGCUACCGUGCCGCCCGACAGCUCCGCAGGGGACGAGGCGGAGGCGGAAGGCACCAGGGAUGCCUCCUUCCUGAGCAGAAACGCUGGCGUUCCCCCGCUCCGCCCCAUCCUGCAGAAGACUGCCCUUCUUGGCUUCUGCCUCUUCUACAUCUUCUUCGUCUCCAUCAUCAUCUUCCCUUCUCUCUCCUCCAACAUCGAGUCAGUUAGCCAGUCCUCAGGAAGCCCAUGGGCCACCAAGUACUUUGUACCUCUCACCAGCUUCCUCCUCUACAAUUUUGCUGACUGGUGUGGGAGGCAGAUCACUGCCUGGAUCCAGGUCCCUGGCCCCAAGAGCAAGCUGCUGCCUGCCCUCGUCCUCCUCAGAACCAUCUUCCUCCCUCUCUUCAUCCUCAGUAACUACCAGCCCCGGGCUCACAUCCGGAUAGUGGUCUUCAACCAAGACGUCUACCCGGUGGUCUUCACAGUGCUGUUGGGGCUGAGCAAUGGCUACCUGGGGACACUGGUCAUGAUCUAUGGCCCCAAGAUUGUGCCUAAAGAGCUGGCUGAGGCAGCAGGGGUGGUAAUGACAAUUUACCUCAUGCUGGGUCUGGCUGUGGGGUCUGCCUGCUCCGUUCUUGUUGUCCACCUUGUAUAGUGGAACAGCCAGGGGGAUGCCCUCAGUUUGCAGUGCUGCUGUUGGGUAUUUAGGAUUGGGUUUUUUACCCCAAAUGACGUGCUUUUGGGGCAGGCUGCCUGUCUUUGGAGUGGAGGUUGCAUCCAGUGGGAAACUCCUCUGUGCUUAGGAAGUCCCAUUGGACUUCUGCCACACACCAGCUCAACCGGAGCGAAGGGACCAAAGAAGCUUCGUUCUCUCCGGGGAGGUCAGGGAAGCAAUGGGAACACAGGGAAACCUGUCCCUCACCCCAGUGCCAAUGGGCAAGUCCCACUGGACUUCUGCCACUCACCAGCUCAACUGGAGCAAAGGGACCAAGGAAGCUUUGUCCUCUCCAGGGAGGUCAGGGAGGCAAUGGGAACACAGGGAAACCUGUCCCUCACCCCAGUGCCAAUGGGCAAGUCCCACUGGACUUCUGCCACUCACCAGCUCAACUGGAGCAAAGGGACCAAGGAAGCUUUGUCCUCUCCAGGGAGGUCAGGGAAGCAAUGGGAACACAGGGAAACCUGUCCCUCACCCCAGUGCCAAUGGGCAAGUCCCACUGGACUUCUGCCACUCACCAGCUCAACUGGAGCAAAGGACCAAAGAAGCUUUGUCCUCUCCAGGGAGGUCAGGGAAGCAAUGGGAGCACAGGGAAACCUGUCCCUCACCCCAGUGCCGAUGGGCAAGUCCCACUGGACUUCUACCACAUGGAGCAAAGGGACCAAAGAAGCUUUAUCCUCUCCAGGGAGCUCAGGGAGGCAAUGGGAGCACAGGGAAACCUGUCCCUCACCCCAGUGCAAACGGGCAAGGGUGGCAUUUUGGUACCACCACGCUGGCUUUAAACUGAGCCCUGAGGCUGUUGGUGGCAUCCUGGGUGUUACUGCCUUCUUAUUCCAAGUACAGCCCUGAGGCUGUUGGUGGCAUCUUGGGUGUUAGUGCCUUGUUCCAAGUACAGCCCUAAGGCUGUUGGUGGCAUCUUGGGUGUUACUUCCUUCUUGUUGCAGGUACAGCCCUACAGUGUUGGUGGUUCCAUCAAGCUGUGAUGGUGGUGUUAAGCUAAAGGAGGUUUGAGCCCUGCAUACCUCCAAGCAAGCCGCUGGAACAGACAGCAGCCAUUCCAGGGAGCAGGGCAUUGUUUCAAGGGAAUUUCAUACUUUCAUGCCACAAAAAAAGCAAAUAUAAGGGAAACCUCCACA